AUGUCAGGCGAGAAGACGGGCGUUAUCGAAUAUUCGAAGCUGAAGUCGAUCAAGUUGAAAUCCGGCUUCAUAUUCAAACGGCGCCGCGAUCCGUCCGAAGAUCUCGAUGCCGAGAUCAGACAUUUCUGUUCGGAACAGCGCCCGCGCUUCAACUCGAUCGUCGCGUCCACCUUCGAUCUCCCCGACGACGGUUUCACCAAGUUCGAGUUCAUCUGGACGCCCAAGCGGGCGCGCAUCGUCUCCGGCGGAUCGGACUAUAUCGACACGACGAAGGUGGCCUUCCGCUCGGAGGCCGACAUCACGCUUUUGUAUCUGAAGGAACGCUCGCUGAUCCUGUUCAACACCAAAUACCGUUUUGCCGUCACCGAACCGGGCUGCGGCGGCAACGGUACGAUCUUCCAUACCGGCGGAACCAAUUUCACGCUCGAGGAAAUCUACUUCAACAAGAUCACGACGGUCGGCGCCUAUCACAAUGAGGAAAUCUUCAAGGUCGUCAGUCCGGGCUGCGGCGGCGGAACCGAGACCAAUUACACGGUGAUGAAGGAUGGCUUUGUGAUCCGCGCGGGCGAAUCUUUCCGCAUCGUGGCAUCGGAAGAUGCCACCGACGAGUUGCGGGACGCCCGGCAGCUGAUCAACCAGAAGAUAUCGACGUCGAACUGA